AGUACUUUCUCGGUAUGUGAUAAGAAUAAGCUGGUGGAGAUGAGCAGAUGGAGGUAUGAAGAGGGGGAAAUGAAAAGUGGAGGAGAGCAAAACAUAUGACAUCCACUCAGGUGACCAGCUCUACCUCUCUAUUCCCCAUCUUUGGGAAUAGCUUUGCGCAGGUUACUUCAGACCGCUACAUUGUCUCAAGCCAGAUAUCACUGAGCUGUUCGCCGGCGCAGACAGAAGCAACAACACAUGAUCAAUCGAGUCAUAUUUUCCUCCUUCCACUUUGCAGCAGUGCACCGUCGGCUGUAUUUGCAUGGCUUGUUGAAAUCGCUCUUCAGCUUCAAAUCUUUCAUUCUAGUCAAUGGGAAUAUAUACAUGCGCAAAUUGGUAAAAGGAAAAAAGUCCUAGCGGGAUUCCUCCGCGCCUCCACGGUCGCUGCUCUUUAGACCAUCCGAGUGGUACACCGACAAUACCAUGUUCCGAAGAGAGGAAAGGAGUCUAAUCUAAU